CAUCAAUGGCGUUCAGGAUCGGCAGCCCGCCCGGGGAACCGUUGAACGGCGCCAACGAGUUUCUUCCGUUGUUCCAAGCGUAUGAGUCAGAGUUCAACGAAGUCAGCGACGAGGAAGCCAAGCUCCUGGCGGAGCUAGACACCCUGGACACUCUCUUCGUCGCGCUCAAGAGCGAGCGUCGGAUUGCGCCUCGAACCUUGCAGUCGAUGGUGACGUUCUUCGUCAAGAAACGGUUUGGAUUCCCUCGUCAUGCCUUGACGCCUGACCGUCGCCUACUUCAUCACACCACAUUGCUCUUGAUGGCAGCAUUGGCCAAGGACGCGGUGGCGGACUCGGAGGACGACGCCGACGCACUCGCGUCCUUGUACGAGUACAUGCUGGACCCAUUCUCCAUCGACGGGUCCACUCGAUGGACGACGACCGACCUUGGUCCCCACGGCAGCAUCCUCUUUGCGUUUGCGCUGUAUGUCCGCCGGGUAGAACGCACGAACGACGCACUGUAUGUCGCGACGGUGUCUCGGCUUCGGACCCGCCAAGCAGCGGACACCGAGUUCGAAAUGGACGACACGCUCAGCGACGUGGUGCUCGAGAAGGGUCGCUCGUUGGGCGGUCUGGCGCUGUUCUCGUCCUUCUUUAUCAGCUUGGAACCGGAGUCGCCCGUGUUCGACAUCAACGACCCUGCGUGGCGCCGCCUCGACAAAGCCGACGUCUUUUCCCAUUUCUCCGAGGACCGGCACCGCGUAUGGGGGCUGCAGGACGCCGGGUACGCCUUUUUCAGUCGCUUCGUGGACGAGUUUGGUCUCCUGGACGUGUCCAAGUCCACCGCCGAGCUCGUGGCGGUGGUCGAUAUCUUUGCGGCGCUGGUCGCCCAUCAUCCGUCGCUCCGCGCGUCCGCUGCGCAGGAGGUAUUUCGACUGGCGGAACCGCUGGGGCUGCUGUUUCCGUCGCAAUUCACGGCGUGGAUGCGCCUCUUGGCUUCGUUUUUGGCGCCGGAUACGCUCGACUUGGUGACGCACGUGGCUGGCCUGGAGCGUCCGCUUGCCACGUACACCCAGCACCUGUCUGUGGAGCAGCACACCACCGCCGCCGGUGACGUCAUCACAUGCGACAAGGUGAUUCGCACACCCGACAUGGACAUUCCAGUGUCAACCACGGGCCAAGUCGUGCCUCUUGUUUGUUUGGAUGGGUCACCCACGACGUUGGUGUGCUGGCAUAUUGAAGGCACUUCUUUACUUACGUUGUGGGACGUGGUGUGGACCCGGUUGAAGGACGCCACCUGUGACAGUGUGAUGGCAGCGGCGGCAUUGCACUGGCUCGCCACAUAUGGGCGCGUGGCACCGGCGCGCUUUGACGCCGUCUGGCGGCGGUGGUCCACUCGGGGCGAAGCCGCCGACGUCCUCUCCCGCCAUCUCGCUUGCGGGACGACGGCGGCGGCGGCGCUCGGCGUGGUGGCCGUGCUCGACCCCGCCUCGCUCGACGACGACGUCAUCGCCGCCGCGUUGCACGCGGUGGUAGUAUCGUCGCACGAGUCGUCGUCUGUCGGGGUGCUCGCGUGUCUGCAGUGCUGGCUCCGCCGCCUCCCCGCGGCGCCGUCCGUCUUCGUACCCCUGCUCCUCCAGCUCCUGCUGCAUCACCCGCCUCCUCGUCGGGUCGCGCGCGUCGCUGCGUUCCGACUCGUUGCGCAAGCCCUCGUCCAAUCCAAAGUGCCCUUCUUAUUCGACCUGACGUUGCUGAGCCAUGGCCAGUCGCUGUUGUUUGAUGCUGCCACGACCUUGUUGCAACAUCCCGUCGAAACUAGCUCUGCAACGACCAAGGAAGAACGAGGACAUUUCGCCUCCUUUAACCGCCCGACGCCGGCGGCAUGCCCCGUCCUCCCGUACGCGUUUACCGACACCUCGGAGGUGGACGUGGCACUCGUCGAAGCCGCUCUCCACGCGGUCCGGCUCGUCCUUGCCAACCACCCCCCAGGCAUCGAAACGCCACAUGCCGACGCCACGUCAUCGUUUGCCGCGUACGGCCGCGGGUCGCUCAACUGGCCCGUGGCAUGUGCAGCCUACUUGACGUGCCCGAGCUCGUCGGUCCGGCUCGUGGCGGCGCAGGUCCUCGCAGCGGUGGCGCGGCACCUGCCCGACUCGACGUCGCUCAUGGCGUGCUUCCGGACGUCUGACGACGCGACGGCGUUCCUCACGUCACUGCUCGCGAUCGUCCGGCACGACGCGCCUCGGUUGCAAGUGGCCGUGUGGACGCUGUGGACGCAGUGCCUGGAUGCCCAGCCGAGCGUGCUGUCGCUGCUGUUUGAACGCCCCGAAGCCCCGUCCGCGAUCGUCGACGCCGUGCGCGGCGCCCACGACGGGGGCCAGCAUGUCGUGGUGGGGGCCGCCGUCGGCUUUUUGCUCGCGAUCUGGGACGGACUGAGCCGGUCCAACGCGUGCCACCACUUGGCGAGUUUAUUUCGUGCGACGCCGUUGUUCUGGGCCACGAUCACCCAACCCCUCGGCACCUCCCCCCCCCCCCGUCGUCCUCCUCCUCCCUUCCGCACGCCGCCGCCACCGACGACGACAGUGGCGGGCGCGUCGAGUCUGCAUGAGAUUCUCGCGUCGUUUCGCGAUUUGUACGAUCGCUGGUUUCACGAGUACACGUCGGUUACCCCCGCCGCCGCCGCCAUGGACGAAGCCGACGUGCCGGCGUAUGUGCUGGCUGCGGAUGUGCCGCCGCCGCUGUUUGCGCUCGCCCAGUGGACGACGUUCAUGGAGAUUUACUUUUUGCAUCCAUCGACAACAUCUUCAUCGUCGGUAGCUACCGUCCCCGUCUCUAGUCCUUCGGCGUCGGCGGGGUCGCGCAGUCGCCUGACGUGCGACUCGCCAAUGCUUCCAGCGCGGGCGGCGGAGUCUCGUCCGUCCAACUUUUCGGGGGACCGCACGUCGUUGGCAUGGAGUUUGAAGCUCACGGAGCGCAUGGCGGCGCUAGUAUCUCAGGGCGAUGCAGUUGGUCUGAGGGGGAUGCUGCCGAUCCUGAGUCGGCUCUGUCUGUGCAUGAUCCACCACCAAGUGUGCGAAGUGACCCACAAAGCCAACGACCCGCGCUGGUCCACCACGCACCUCCGUCUUCCGUCGCGGCAGCAGCUCGACCCUGUCACAUCCGUCCACCUCCUCACGCUCGUGCACUCGAUCCUUCACAUGGACACGACCAACCUGUCGCUAUGGACAGCAUCCCUCUUACUGCUUCGGCAGCUGGCGCCGCAGCCCCUCCCGUCGCUCCUCGUCGCCCGCGUCGUCUCCCACUGCGUCCACGUCAUCACAACUUCCGCAUACAAACAACAAGAUCAAGACUCGCGGUUUGCCACGGCCAGUCUCGUCCUUGUCAUCGUACUCGACCAGCACGUUUCGGCAGACUCGACGCUGCAACUCGUAGCCAUAUUGGACCACGGGCCGCUCGUGCCCGCCCUCGUCGAGACGGCGGCGGCGGGGCUCCCGUCCUCGUCCAUCAACAAGAAGAACCCGACGACCGAGUGCCGACGACGGACGGACGCGCUGCGGUGCCUCAUCGGACUCGUCACGGCCCACGCCGACGUGCGCGCGCCGGUGCUGGCGGCCCUCGCGCGACUCGAUUUCGUACACCGGGCAUCUGUCCUCGCGACCUACUUGACGGCGGAUCGCCCCACGGCCCAGCGGGACGGACCGACGCAGACGGCGUGGUGCUUGUUGCUGCAAAUCGUAACGGCGUUGCUGCAGAACGACGUGGUGGCGUACGUGGCGUUCGUCGCGAACGUGGCGUCCGUGCUCCUCGCGGCGCUCUACUCGACCGACGACCUCACGGUGGCUUUGCUCACAGAGCGCCACGUCACCGUCCAAUUGGUCCACGCGUCCGCCCGACACUUGCGCGCGUGGCAGGCCGUCAUGCCAGGCACGUUCAGUCGGCUCUUGGAAGCCACGCGCGCGCACUUGGUGAGGUGCUGUGGGUGGGUGAGUCCGGAUACCAACAACACGCCUGAUCCGGACGUCGAACGGCUGCUGUGGACGUGAAGCUGACGCCGUCGACGCGGCCGCAGAUCGUCCUGGGCGACGCCAUUCACAUCGACAUGGAGGCCGCGCGGCCCAUCUUGGACUACGCUGCGUCGUCGCAUGGAGCUAAUGCAGAAGACGUGACGCCUUGCAGCCUCGGCCACGUCGUCCGCCUUGUGAAAAUGGCGCUACAGUGCCCUGUGGUGCCAGCGUCGACGGCUGAAGCGGGCGUGGUGCUGGCCGUAACCAACUUUGCUCUACAUGAGAACCGGUACGACCACCCCGCCGCCCGCCGCGCCGAAGUGCGCAAGGCCAUCGCGGACAUUUUGAAUCAAGCCAAGGCGACCAAUGGGGCCAUCUCAAACGAUCUGGUCGAGUCGCUCGAGGCGCUAGUAGACACAGUAGUAGCGCCAUAACCGAAAGAGAUAACCGCCAUUGGUGUACAG